CUUAUAAUUAAUAUUUCACUGGAACCGGCUGGUAAUUAUCAGAUUAAUAUUCGAAAUUUUUAAAAGGAAACAAUUAAGAUUUGUAUAUUUUAAUUGUAUUUUGAAGAACUUUAUAUUCAACGAAUUAAUCAACGAUAAAUUCUAAUUAAUUUUUCUAAAAAUCAUUCAAACGAAAUAGCCGCAAAAGUCGAAUUCAAAAAAUGCAUUUUCGGAGAAAAAUGCGUUCCACUCAGCAAAUGUCGCGAGUUAUACAAAAUGUCCCUUAAAGAUAUCGGUGAAUCUCACACAGCUAUGCUGAGUAACACACAGUGCGGAUUGGAUAAAAGCAAAGGACCUUGGGCGCAGGAUACGAUUUUAGUUUGCUGCCCAACUGCCGCAAACAAGCUUCCUAAUGGGGACUCUUCAUGUGGAUAUAUUCCAAAGAAGAAACGCAUCGUUGGUGGAACACCAACCGCUUAUAAGGAAUUUCCCUGGAUGGCUCUGGUCCAGUACGAGAGUAUUUCGGAAUUCACAGUGUCCACUCGUUAUUAUUGCGGGGCAGCUUUAAUUAAUUCUCGAUACGUCCUCACCGCUGCCCACUGCGUCCAGGGAGGGAGCGAGGAAUCGGAUGUCUCUAGUAUCGUUCGAGUGCGUCUGGGCGAAUGGGACACAACCGAUUGUCCUGACCAAUUGUACAAAAAAAGUGAUUGCAUGCGCUCUCACCUCGAUAUUAUGGUGGAAAAGGCGAUUAUACAUCCUGACUUCCGUAAGGAAGACAGGAAGUUCGUCCACGACAUAGCCCUGUUGCGACUUCACCUGCCAGUGAGCUUUACGAAAGCUAUCAGUCCCAUUUGUUUGAAAACAUCCUAUACUAUGUCGAAUGAAAUGAACACUGCAUUUGUGGGCUCAGAUAUGAUAAUAGCUGGCUGGGGUAAGACGGAAACUUCCCUAUCAAGUUCUAAACUCCUGAAAACUUAUAUUGAGGGAAUGCCAUUGUAUAGCUGCUCAAAACAUUACGGGAGCAUGAAUAAAAAUUAUAUAUGUGCUGGCAGUAACAACGGAUCUGAUUCCUGUAAGGGAGACUCCGGUAGCCCAUUGAUGAGCAACCCCCAGUUCGGCACUAGGAUCUAUUUACUUGGGAUCACUUCUUAUGGUGCAGAAAAAUGUGGAUCUCGCGAUUUCCCAGGAUUGUACACAAGAGUAGCGCCAUAUUAUAAUUGGAUUAAAACAAAUCUGAGGCUAUAAAAUGAAUAUACUAACUAAUAUCCUAAUCUCACCCCAAAACAUAUCCACUUUUAUCCGCAACACAUGUAUUAGAACUCAAUUGCAACUUGAUUUUUAAAUGAGUAUUAUUAUUUUUGCCUAUAUGGUAUUGUAUUUAAUAAACUCUAUCUAUUGGAAUUUAUUUUCUUUGAGUAUACCAUAUUCAAUAGGGUUCUAUAUAUUCAAAAAUCAAAAGGAUAUAUCCAUCUUCCACCACUACAUUCUGAUUUGAUGAUUGUCAUUGGGGUCUAGGACAACGGCCCUUGCCAUCCGGGGAUUGGGAUUGUAAUCCUCGGAGAUCCUUGGAUGUCAAAACCUGAUCCAUGUGAUAACCAUGUGAUAUGAUAACCAUAACCAGCAGAAACCUUUUCGAAAUAUUCUAAUGUCCACCUAAUGGGUAUAUGAUUUAAUUGUUUUAUGGAACA